AUGCAUUAUAAGAAACAGAUUAUCAGGGCUGGAGGCAAUAUCAGUCCAUCACAUAAUGCUCAGACUCCAGCAGUUGCUGAAUGUGUUGAUAUCAGUCGAUCACUGACUGACCAGUUAUCCAAAGCCAAAAGCAGUGAUAAAUAUUCCCUAAAUGGAGAUGGGAAAUUCAAACCUGAAGCCGGGGAAAUUAUGGAGAAAACAUCAUCCCCAUCAUCGUCCAGCAAGCUGUCUUCGUAUAACCCUGCGGAAAUUGAACGAUCAGAAGGUAACUCCUUCAGUAAAAUCCGUGAGGUGAAAGAGGAUAGGCAGAGUGCAUUUACCUGUGUUCAGCCGAGUGUAGCCAGAAGCAACCCAGCAACACCUGCAGCAUUAGAUCGCACAGACUCCAGAGCUAGUGAUGGCCAGUUGUCUGUGCAUAUAUCUGACGAGAAGUUCGCUGGGUCACGCUGUGAUGAAGUACGCUCUAUCAGAAGCAGCCCUAGGACAAGCCCUUUGGUUAGUGACCGACAUGAAGCAGUCAAUCCGUAUAGGGAUCCGGAGCUGAUGCGCAAAAAUCCGGUGCAAAGUAGUGUUCAAAACAUGCUUGCUGUCCAGCAUAAGAUUAACCAGUCUGCUUUUCCUUCAGUGCAUGCCCCUAUUCCAGGAGCAACAGCAUCCUCAUCUCAAGCCCCAGUGACAUUUGCAGGUGUCCAGACUCUUCCUGCAGGCAGUCUGCUCAGCACAUUGCCAUAUACAACUGCCCAUCAACUUCCGCCAUCGCUGUCUCACCAUCUUACUCUCCCGCAUGGAUAUUCUAUGGAUGCAGUUGUCAGGGCACAACAUAUGGCAGCCAUGCAGCAGCAACAUUUGAUGGGAUUAGCAAUGGGGCCUGCAAACACAGUGGCCUCACUGGAAGCAUUGUGGCAUCACAAAUUCCCGACCACUCCGUUCCCAACGCCAUACAUGCUGCAGAAGAACCAAGACCUCAUCUUGACUCCAGAGUUAGCAGCAGCACUACACAGAGAACAUUUUCAUCUUCAGCUGGAUCAUGAAAGAAGAGAGCUGGAAAGAAUCGAAAUUGAGCGCAGAGAAAGAUUAGAGCAAGAGCUGAGAGAAAAAGAAAGGAAAGAAAUUCUGGAAAGAGAACGGCAAGAGAAAGAGAAGGCCGAACGAGAUAAGAUAGAGAGAGAAAGGUUAGAGCGAGAACUGCUGGAAAAAGAACGGGAGCGGCAGAAGUGGGAGCUUCAGCAGAAUCAAGAGCGUGUUCUGGAUACGGAAGCUGCUGUUGACCAGCACUUUGCUGAGUCAUUGACCAGACUUGCUAGUCAACAGAGAAUCAGCAUGUUCCCAAACAUCACCGGUGGUUCCGGAAGAGGCUUGGUCCCCAAAACGGAGCCACAUCAUGGUCUUUCUUCUCAUGGGAUACCUUACGAGAAGAUGUUUGAGCACAGGACAGACAACCAAAUCAAAAAGGAAGUUGAACUUGCAGAUGAGAAGCGAUACAUAAAACCAGACUGUGAGAAGGGUUCGGUGUUUCCAGGCUAUGCGUAUGGUCCCGGUGGUUACCACCCUGGCUCAGGUAUGCCACAGCCUGGUCAGAAACCAUUUUUUAAUUUAUAUGGCUAUCCAUCCUCACACUCCACAAUCACUCCAGAGCAGCUCAAACAGAGGGGUCUCAAUCCAGAACUGAAGCAAGCCAAGGAGGAGUUGGCUGAGAAGAAACAUUCAUAUUCUUCUGUCAGUUCCCACACAGCCACUCCUGUUAAUUUAAAUCAAGUCUAUUCUUCAAUGGAUAUUAAGCGGGAGCCGCACAACUCUGUAAUUGUUAAGAGAGAUAUCAAGUUGAAGAUGGAGAACCCGGUGGCAGCACACUCUCAUCACAGCUCAUCCUCCUCCUCAUCGCCAAGGCCACAGCAACCCAGACCAGCACACACUCCAGAGCAUCAUCGGCCAGACAGGCCUCUGGCUUCUUCCACUAGUCCUGCAUUAGGCAGACAUCCUCACCAACUCCAUCAUUCCAGUCCAGUACCUGCUGAUGCCAGCCAUCCACCACCAUCUAACAACGUGCCAUCAUUUCGUUCAAUUGAGGCUCAUCCACCCACCAGAUCUCAGAGUCCCUACAAGCCGGCAGCUAGUCAGUUACAGUCCCAGCCACUGAACUUUUGUAAAACCUCUGGUGCUAACAAAUUACAUGAGCAGCAGCAGCACCCUUCCCAUGUGCACUCGGGAUUUCCAUCUGUGGCCCAGCUACCUGUCUCAGUUCCAAGUUCUGCAUCAUACAGCUUCAGCCUCAUUCAGCAGGGUUUAGUCCCAAACCCCAUUUACAGCCACAUUGGCUCUUCUCACCCUCCUGGUGUAUCUCCUCAGAUUAGCCAGGUUUCUAUAGCUGGGCAAUCCUCAAAUUCAGUAAUGGACUCCACACGUGUACAGCUUAGUCCACCUGGGAGCAAGAGAAAAACUGGCAGCAAAGAUAUUAGUUCUUACAGCAGGAAAAAGCCAAAAGGACAUCCUGAAGUGUCUGUGGCAGGUCACCCUAUGUCCAUUCCAGAGACUACACCGCAGGUCUUCACAAAUUCAUCACCUUACACCACCACUACCAUAAGUGGCGCUGGCUUAUUAACUAAACCUGGAAUUAAUUCAGUUAGGUCGUCGUCAUCCCCAUCGUCAGUAGGCACCAGUCAUUCACAAAUAAAUUCAGGCUUCAUGGACAGUUUUAAGUCGUUUGUAGAAAACACAGUUCAGAAUGCAUUCCUCCAAGAUGAGAAGAAGGCACAGGAGACCGCUGAGAGGGAGAGGAUGUCUGCUCUGUCGCUUUCUCCUGGUAUCAAGAGCGAGUUAAAUUCUCACGAAAGAAAACCUGACAGUAGUGUGCAGCCCGUGAAUGGUGGUUCCCAGUUGACAGCCUCGCCAGCCACAGACCCAGAUGUGCCUCAACCUAGUACAGUUGACUCGUACAACAGUCGCAUUAUGGACACAAUCAACAGGGUGGCAAACAACCAGGCUGACACCGACUCGGACACACUCAGUGCCUCCAGCCCUCCACCUCAUAUAAAACCCUCAGAUACGAACUCCCCUCUCAGCAGAAGUGGUAAUGGUUCAGGUUCCAGCCACCCUCAUCACAUGAAAAAGGCUUGGCUUCAAAGGCAUGAUGAGGAUAAGAAGUCUGAAACACCUGUAUCAACACAGUGUGACGAAGAUUCAAACUCUAGCCUCAGCCAUAGCAGGGAUACAAUUAGCUGUGUGGAGAACCCUUCUGUUCCGCUACCAGACUGUGGGCAGAGCAGCAGUUCAUCACCAGCGGAUGUUGUGGUGACCUUGUCGAAUGGUAACAUUAAUGAUCUCAGUCAACACAGUGAUGAAUCUACCUCAUCGGCGUCUGAGUCUGAAAUGCAGAGUUCAUCCAAAACACAGAAAAGGACACUGUCGCAUAGGUCAGGAAGUGGAUCUUCUAAGAAGGUCAGAUCAUCAGAUGUAGAUAAAGAGGAGACCUCCCCUUCUCGCCCCCUCACCCCCAGCAGUAACAGUAGCAACAGCAAUAGCAGUUUCCAGAAGAAAGCCAGCAGCAGCAAGCGAGGCAAGACAGACAAGGAGAGCAAGUCAAAGGAGAAGAACACUAAGAUGUCAGCUUCAGCAACUGCAUCAUCUUCAUCACCACAUUCAGAGCACUCAAACCCAUCCCCAGCACUGUCAGAGAGCAACACAGCAAACAUGUCACCAGCUUCCUCCACAUCAUCCAGCAGUAACACACAUACAACAAUGCCAAAACUAAACAGCAGCAGUAAGGACAAGAAGAAAUCUGAACAUGGGAAGGAGCAUUCAAGGGACAGCAAAAAAAGCUCUUCCUUCAACAAGCCCCUAGUGAAAAUGACUGUGUCAAUACUGAAGAGGACAAUGAUGCCCUUUAUCCAAGAUGGAUCUUGCAGUGAAAUUACUCCAAAGCUGAACAAAUGCAGAGAGUGUAAAAUGACUCCCAUCCAGCGUAGCAAGAAGCAGCCCAAUAUCUUUUGUAGAUUUUAUGCAUUUCGAAGGUUGAAAUACAAUUCUCGAGGAAUCGUUACCAUCCACGGAUUUUCAGAACUCUCGGAUGCUGAUCCAGAUGAUAUAGAACCUUGGCUUCCUCGAUAUCCAGUGGAAGAGCCAGAACUUGAUGUUGAAAACUCCAAGUUCAUUAUUGCCAAAGUUGGAGACAAGUUCUGUGAGCUGGUGGAGCAAGAAAAAGAGGCCAAGUCUUGGGCAGGAGAUAAUGUGAAUAUUGUCUGGAAACGAGCUGUUGUCGGAGUCCGAGAAAUGUGUGAUGUCUGUGACACCACAUUAUUCAACAUGCACUGGGUGUGUCAUAAAUGUGGAUUUGUUGUCUGCCUCGAUUGCUAUGAAGUCCGCAUAAAAGAAAGCAAAAAGGGCUGUAGCGACGAUAAAUGGCUGACAUGUAGCUCAAACAGGCAAGCCCAUAAAGCCAGUGAGAUGAUGCUGACACAGAUCAUUCCUAGUGACGCUCUAUGGGAACUUGGGAGGCUGAUUCAUGACAUCCGCAUGAAGUGGUCUAUCCCCUCCAACUGUCCAUGUGGCGGAAGUAAUGUGGAAAAUAAAGUUGUGACCAAAAAUGGAAUAAACCAGUUGGUGAAUGCUGUGAGCACUCGCAAAAUUCCUAAUGGCUACGGCUCAGAAGAACAUGGUGGGAAAAAUGUGAAGUCUAAAAAGCAUCAGGACUCGGACCCAUUGAAGAAUUUGGAUGCAUACAAUCCCGAUAAUGCAUCAUCUCCCUUGAGCAUCCUGGCUGAAGUUGCUUCGAUGGAGCCAGAUUCCAAUAGGGACAAGUCAAACGUCAAGAGGAAAGCAGACAAGUCCUUGGUCCCAGAAGAAGAGCUCCUAGAAGAGUCUGACAAGAAAUCUGGUUGUUCAACAUUACGAGAGUUACUGACAAAAACGGCAGGAAAGCCUAAAGGUACAAAUGAUAAGAGAUCAAAGAAGAGCAGUGGGCUGAGCACACUUGACAACAUCAUCCAGUCAGUUGUGGAGAAGAGCUGCUCAGAUGGUGGUGCUCCAUUCAAGUUUCUCCAUUACACACCUCGACUGGGUGGGUGGAAGCGGGAGCUGCCCAUUAUGGUGCACAACCUGACAGAAACCAGUGUUCUCUACCCGGACGUCCCCCAUUCCUGGCUGUGUGAUGGCCGUCUCCUUCGAUUGCAUGAUGGUCACCAUAAGGGAAACUUGCAGAUCUUCCAAGAGCAGUGGAAGAGAGGACAGCCAGUGUUGGUGUCAUGUGCCAAUAAAAAGAUGAACAUCAACAUCUGGAAACCAGAGGUGUUUACCAAGGAAUUUGGUCACAUCGAAAACGAAGUGGUCAACUGUCGGACUGGCGAUGUUAUCAUUGGCCACACCAUGGGUGACUUCUGGGGUGGAUUUGAGAAUCUAGCAAAUCGACCAAUAGACAGCAAAGGUCACCCAAUGUUGCUGAAGCUGAAAGACUGGCCACCCGGUGAUGACUUCAGUGAGUUGCUGCCAUCGAGAUUCCAUGAUUUGAUGAAUGCGCUGCCACUACCUGAAUACACACAGAGAAAUGGGAAGCUGAACCUUGCCUCGCGCCUCCCUGACUUUCUUGUCCGUCCCGAUCUAGGACCUAAAAUGUACAAUGCCUACGGAUCUUCUCAGUUUCCACAAGAAGGCACAACAAACCUGCAUUUGGACAUUUCUGAUGCUGUCAAUGUCAUGGUCUAUGUUGGCAUCCCCUCAGAUGGACCCGGAGGUCGAACAGCUCAGGAGGAAGCUGCUGUAAAAGCUAUAGAUGAUGCUGGGUGUGACAGCAUCACUAAGAGAAGAGUCCGAGAAGUACAUGAGAUCCCUGGAGCCUUGUGGCACAUUUAUGAUGCUCAUGAUGCGGAUAAAAUCAGAGACUUUCUCAAUAAGGUUGCGAAGGAGCGUGGUGAGAGUAUAGAGAAAGAUCAUGAUGCAAUUCAUGAUCAGAGCUGGUACCUGGACAAAGAGCUGUGUGACAGACUGCUCAAGGAAUAUGGUGUUCAAGGCUACACAAUUGUCCAGUGUUUGGGAGAUGCUAUAUUUAUUCCUGCCGGGGCACCCCAUCAGGUGCGCAACUUGCACAGCUGUAUCAAGGUAGCAGAAGACUUUGUUUCUCCGGAGCACCUGAAUCAUUGCUUCCGUCUAACACAGGAGUUUCGACAGUUGUCUGAGACGCACACAAAUCAUGAGGAUAAGUUACAGGUGAAGAACAUCAUCUACCAUGCAGUGAAAGAUGCUAUUGCAGUUCUGAGAGAGCAUAGCCCUGAUGAUGAAUAG